UCUUUUUCCUUCUAAUAUCAUGUUUCCAAAACAAACAGAGAUGACUGUAGUAUGUGUUGAUGGUUUUGGAACUUCAGCUGCAGUUUUCUUGUAUGUCCAUUUUUUUUUUGAGAAUUCUUCUUGUCCUACUGAUGUAGAAUUUCUUGGUAAUGUGAUAGAAUAAAUGUUAAGUAGUUGAUAUUAUUAAAUACCUUUAUCUUUACUUGUUCUGUCUUUUUGAUACUCAGUGUAUGGUAACUGUAGUGGGUCUCCCUGCCACGCGUGUCUUAAAAGUGCAAUUUUAUAUAGAUUAUGCUAAGGCAUUAAUUAAAGGUCUGAAUUUCCUCAAUGAUUUAAAGACCAGUACAAUUUCUGUUAUAUUAUUUGAUAUUAUUAUACUGAAGAAGAAUUAGUUUGAGAUUACGCAGGUAGUUAAUAAAACAUGAUCUAAGGCUGUUGUUUGCUCAAUAGGACUUCAAAUUGCUUGUUCAGAAAAGUUUCUACGUCUUUUAUCUUUCCUGGGUUUUAAAUGAUCUAUAUUAUAAUUUGAACUAUGGGAUCCAGUUGGGAAGAAAAGCAUCAAGACUUGGACAUUAAAUGGCUGGGGGUUCAUGUCCAGGGUUAGGAAGUUUUUCUGAUUGUAGUGUUUCAGUAAGUAAUUUUACCUUACAAGACAUGGUAAAAGACCCUCUUUAAUCAUUUAAUUGCUUAUUUAUGAAUUCACGUAUCCACAAUUACUGUUGACACAAGGACAUUACCACGUUUUUCUUAAUCAAGGAAUAUUCGGGCUUUUCUUGUUGUCAUUUGUUUGUGUCAUGAAGGAACAUCAGUUUAGGUUGCUGAGCUUUGGAAAAACUUUUGCAAGCUCAGAACUCUUUAACCCCAUGAACUACAUUAUAAUGCAGAUUUUAGCGUUACCAUAUCUUGGAAUAAAGAAUGAAAGGUAUUUUGGCAGGUCUGAGAAAGCAAGUGGAUACGCUGGGCCAGAGCAUGUAAAUCCUCAGCAGCAUGUCCUUGAUGUGGCUCCUCUCAAUAGCAUGCCAUAUAUUGGUCCACCAACAACGCCUAACGAAUCAACACCACCCAAAAGGAAAACUGAGGCUGUGGAAAAAGUUGGUCCAGCUAUUGUAUUUCUGCCUUCUCACUCAACUCGGGAGGAGUGGGAUAAUAUCACGUUUGCAAUGUCAAGUGGAGUUGCACUAACUGGCAGUGCUGCUAUGGGGAAGGUGGGACCAAUUUUAGGAUUAGUUGACAUUGGGGAAUCUGUGGAUUCCUACUUAUUUCGGGUCUCCCUCCCUGGGGUAGCAAGGGAUGAAAAGGAUUUCUUGUUUGACAUCCAACCAGAUGGAAAAAUAAACAUAAAGGGAGUAACGACAACUGGUGAGAAAAUAGUCUGCAAGAACUCCCAAGUCUUUAAGAUGCAAACACAACAUCUUUGUCCACCUGGGCACUUCACCAUCACAUUCUGGCUACCAGGUCCGGUAAAUACCCGACACUUUUCUGGUAACUUUGGUACUGAUGGGAUUCUUGAAGGUAUUGUGAAGAAAAGGUUGAUUGUUACCAUCCAACUUUAAACUAUCACGCCUUUGUUAAAGAUCAUCAAUGAUUUUUUCAUGGACUAAUUUAUUUAAGCGAGGGCUUGACUGCGGCAAGAGGGUUCUGAGUAUCAUAUGGUCAUGUGGUUGUGGUAGAUAAAAGAAGAGCAGCAGAUAGUGACUUUGCAGAAGCAAUAGCUUCUGAUAUUGCUAGAUGCUGAAAUGAAACACGAGUUGAUCCUAGUUUUGCAACUUGAGAGACUAUGUAGGUUUCAUACUAUGAUAAUUUCAGCAACUCGUAGCGCCGAAAUAACUUUUUCCUGUAGUGUAAGACCUGUGUUCAUAUAGUGGGAUCCUUUUGAGUUGUAUAUGAGUCAGUUUCGUAUGUGGACUUGUACUUUUU